GACUCAAUUAUAGUAUGCUACAUUAAGUUACCGACAACUUCUGGGUCCAAUGUCCACAGCUAUCAGGCUGUUCAGAUCUUCCAGCUGAAAGCCAAGAACCCCGGGUUAGUCUGUGGGGUACGACUCAGAAAGUAACCUCAACCACCAAAGUAGAUAACUGAAUCAUAUUAAUCGCGAUCCCCGAUAGACAAAAUACACCAAUUUCAUGGACAUGUCAAACACAGAUUUCACCCCAGGAUCUCUCUACAUCGCGGGAUUCGCACAAGCACGCGCCCCACACGUCGGACUCAUCAUCCCCACCAGCCGCGCCUCAGGCUGCCUCGUCCACAUCCGCAUCGACCGCGACGUGUCCCCCGUCUGGACGUACCAAUCCAGAGUCCAGCGUAUCGAGGGUGACAUGUUUAUCUCAUCUCUACUCCGCAUCAAAGACGUCAGCGCGGGCCCCAUCGCUUUAGAGCAGCUGCAGGAAGCAGCGCAGUCUGUCCCUGCGCCUCAAAAUGAUGAGUUUGGGGAGUGCCUUCCGUGGGUACUGGCAGUCGUGCAGAAGUUGCAUGAUAUGGGACUUGUGGUCUUGAAGGAUGCUGAAGCGCUGCAAGUCGAGUUCGUCCGUUUUGCGGAGGGGAACAAGGCAUAUGCCAGGAGGGAUAAAUUUCCCAAUAUCGCUGCCUCUCAGUUCUGUCGGUGAAUAGUUGCUGGCGUGGUGACUUAGAGUUACGUCUGCCUACUGGCUCCAGGUACUGAGGUCACUUUGGGAAUACUAUUCUCGUGCUGACGGGCAUCUAAACAUGCUCAAAACUAAUUAAGCCGCAUAGGAUAACCAGGGACCCGGUGAUAUGGCUGGAUAUCGUCAAUGCGAUACACGUGCAUCAGAAAACGGAAAAAUCAGUAAACACGCGCUCUCCUUGGCGAUUGACUCGAGCGCCUCGAGGCAGGC